AUGUGGUUUCAACUUGAUGGCGCUGCUGCACAUUUUGCUCGUUCAGUACGUCAAUUUUUGAAUACGCAUUAUCCAAAAUGGAUUGGGCGUGGAGGUAGAAUAGCUUGGCCACCACGAUCUCCCGAUCUAACGCCUUUAGAUUUUUAUUUGUGGGGAUACAUGAAACAGAAAGUUUAUGCUGUUCUCAUCGAGAACCGUGAGCAAUUAUUGGACCGCAUUGAUAUAGCAGCAGAAGAAAUACGACAAAAUCAUGCUGAAAUACAAAGGACUACACAGAGUGUUUCAUUUAGAGCUCAAGCUUGUUUGCAAUCAGGUGGGGAACACUUUGAAAAUCGUAUUAAUUAA